GAGAGUUUUUAUUUAUUUAUUGUCCAAGACCAAUAUUUCAGAGAUGACAUAACAACAUAUCUACUAUCAAAAAGAUAGAAUGUUAAAAAAAUAAAACACAACUUUUACAGAAAAGCCUGAAGCAAUUAUUAGUGUAAGGGAAGCUCCAGGUGAUUUCUGCAAGCCAUGGCUGUUUGUAAAAAAUUAGCAAUCCAAAUUUUUAGAUUAGAAAUAGCUGCUUGAUCACCUAGGAGAGAAAUGAUAACCUCCUACUCAGAGGAGCAAUUCCGAUUUCUAACAACGGAUGAUGUUUCUCUCUCCCUUUUAUUGGACGGGAAACAGGUACGACUACCACAUCGCAAGCUGUACAAGUGUGGCCCUGACAAGUAAUCCGAAGAGCCUCCCACGUGAAACGGUCCUCCUGUUGGGAGAUGAUCCCGGUCCCAGAUCUUCCACCGGAAGGCGAGGCCGUCUGACGCGGGAAAAGGGAGGCCGCGGCGAGCCGAAUCGAGACCGACCUAGCGGGGCUUCAGCCAGGAUCUGAGGGGAUGCAGCCGGAUACGGGAGCGAGGCUGGAAGGAGGAACCGACUGGGCUUCCUAGCCAGAACUAGGCGCCGCAGAGCCGGGAGCCUCUUCCUCCCGCGCGGGGGACUCCGAGGCGCCGCCAAUCCCGUGCCAGGAAACCUUCACGCUUCCCAAAGCGAAACGGAACCGGAUGAGGGCCGCAGGCCUCGCCGAGGAGCCCGCCCCCGCCCUUCCCGGCCAAUGGAAAGCCGGCAGGCGCCUGGGAACGCUGCGCAGGCGCAGGGGCUGCUCAAAGGCGAGUUGGCGGGCGGGAGUGUUGGAGGUUGUUAUGGCCCAGGCUUACGCGCCGGUGGAGGCCGCGCUCGGUCCUGUGGAACACUUCCUUUCGUUGGCCGACAUCCUCACUUUGAACGGGCGAGGCCGGAACUGGCUUCUCCGAGCUGGGCCCAACUGGCGUGGUGCGGCCUCUUGCGUUGUGCCGGGGCAGCGCCAGGCGGGGCCGCGUCUGUGUCCAGAAGGGCUGAGCGGCCCAACCGGCAACUGUACCGCGUGCAUAGAAGCGGAGUCGCCGACAGAUACGGGUUCAGAAUUGGAAAUCCCUCUCUGGUUGGCCAAAGGCUUGUAUGACAAGCGGAGGGUUCUUUCUGUGGAGCUACCAAAGAUUUACAAGGAGAGCUGGCGGACAGUGUUUAAUGCUGAUGCCAAUGUGGUUGACCUGCAUAAAUUGGGGCCAUACUACUAUGGAUUUGGGUCCCAGUUACUCAAUUUUGACAGUCCUGAAAAUAUGGAAUUAGCUCAGUCCAUACUACAGACGUUUAUUGGCCGUUUCCGUCACAUCAUGGACUCUUCCCAGAAUACUUUCAAUGAGGACACAUCUGCACUCGUGACCCGGCUGGAUGAGUUGGAGCGAGCCUUAUUUCAGACUGGCCAGAAGGGACUCCAUGACUUCCAGUGCUGGGAAAUGGGCCAGGCCGCCCAGAUCACAGUAUCUAGCCUGAUCCAGAAUUACAAAAAGAGAAAAUUCACUGACAUGGAUAGCUGAGAGCACGAAGACCAUGUGAGACUUUGUAGGAAACACUUGUGGACUUAUGGUUUUGUUCAAGCACGGGGAGGAACCAAUGUUCACGUUUCCAAUUAAAAUUAUUUCCAAUAGUAUUUCGAAGUUGGAUCCAUAAGAAUAUUCUGGCUCUGAUUGAAUAGAAAAAGCAGCAGCAACUAAUCGCUUUGGAAAAUCAACAUUUUAAUUUUUCUAUUUGAUCUUUGUUUUAAUAAUUUAAAGAACUCUAGAAAUGCAAGGAAAAAUGAGCUUUUGUAUAGCAAGUAUUCUGUAUCAAAUACUGUAAUUGAAAUGUUAGCAUACGCUGUAACUAUGCUUUUUUCCCCCUAGUUUCCUGUUACUUACCAGUAAAGUGGCCUUUCCUAGGGCCAUCAACAGGCUCAAGGAGUAUAACCUGUCUCUUAGCACUUAUGAAGGUGAUCAGACAUACAGCAUUCUUGAAAGAAAGUCUUUGAGCUGCAGUUCUGUGACUAGAUCCAGGGUCAAAGGACAAAGAAUUCUUCCUGUUAAAGAGCUGCUUCUUGGGAUAUAAGAUAGUUUAUAUUCUCUGUCAAUAUCAUUUAUUAAAUUGAUAUGCUACCCAACUCCCAGCAACUCUGGGUGGUUUACAAUUGUUAAAAUUUUAAGAACAAAAAUCAAUACAAAACCACUCAAAAAGUAGCACAAGGCAGAACAACAUGGCAAAGAAAACAAACUGGGGGGGGGGACAAAAAAGAAGAAAGGGGCGUCAGUCAUCCUUGCCAAAGGCCUGGGCAGAGAGCCAGGUCUUGAAGGCUCUUUGAAAUAGUGAUUGGGGGGGCCAUUUGAAUUUUGGGGGGAACUUCAUUCCAGAGGGCAGAUGCUGCUACAGAGAAGAUGCCCUUCCAGGCUCCCGACAGAUGGCGGCGUUUAAUCAAUGGAACCUGGAGCGUGCCAAUACCGCUAGAUCAAACCAGCCAAGCAGAUGCUGUGGGAGACAGGUGCUUCGUCAGGUAAGCAGGCCCUGCACCGUGCUUAGAACUGUAGAACGUUUGCUUGAGGUGGUAGAUGAGGCCUGCUGUGAACAUUUGUAAACUUUAGUCUGAGGCAAGGAGGCUCCUAUUGUCUUCCAGAUCAGAGAUCACAUAGUAGACCAUGUGAAAUUAGAAAGUAGCACAAUUGUGGGGAAUAAUUUCUUUUUUAAGACUUGUUAAAUAUGAAAAAGGCAAUUAAGUCUUUGUUUAUUAUUUAUCAACCCACUCCAAAAGGCUGUAGCUUACAACAUCUCAUAUACAAUUUAAAACAAUUAAAAACAUAGCCACAAAGCAUAGCAGCCUAGACAAAAAUAGCCAUACAGUAAUUAAAAAAAAACGGGCUCCACUAACACAUUCACCCCAGGCCUGGGAUGCUGAAUGCAUAUUAUAUCUAGAGACACAGUUUUACUUGUUGGAAAGAAAACAAAGGUACUGUUGGUUAACAAAUAGUAACCGAUCCUAAUUUGGGGGAGUCCAAGGAGAAAUAUACCAUUGUGCUUGUGCAUCGUAUUUUAAAUUUUUAUGACCAAAAUUACAAAUACAUCUUGUGUGACUGAUAAAGUGUUUAUGUUAAUCUUUGGGUGGACCACCUCUUACCAGGGAGUAUUCCUCCAAUCUCUAUUUUUUCUUUUCCCUUUAUCUCCUGAACUUUUUGCUCCAAAUAAAAAUCUGGUAUCUUCCUAAUCUUAUGGGUAA